AGCCCAUUGACUCCUCUGCAAGGCAGCAACAGCAUCCCCAGGGCUUUCCUCAUUUCAGAUCUACUCAGCAACGCCUGCUCGAGGACUUACCGGAUCCAUCAUCAUGAGCGACGAAGACUACAGCAACAUCUAUGACACAAUCUGCAAAGACAAGACGAGUCAGGGUCCAGAGCAGCUGGAAGAGAGUGACGGCCCUUUCUAUGAUGAAGUCUGUGAAGGCGCAGGGCCAGAGAAUUAUCUGUAUGCCAAUGGGCUGGAAAACCACGAGUAUGAUUCUCUAUCUGUCUAUGCCUCGAGACGUGAGGAAACCAGCUCAACCUCUCCAGAGCCAGAGUCAGGAGGCUACCUUCUGCCAGAUGACAUGUAUCCUGAAGGCCAGGACCCUCAGCCAGAUGAGUCCCAGGAGGACAGGGGCAUCGCAGUGGAAGAAUUAUACUCCCCCAUCCAGGCAUGGGAGCCAUGGUCUGAGCAUCUGCAGGAGAAUGAAAGCACAUUAAGGGAAGCGCCCCUCUCCCCUGUGAGCUUCGCCAUCCAACACAGCAAGACCUUUCCCCGCAGCCAGGACUUCCCCACCUGCCACCCGGAUGCCAAUGGCUUGGAAGAAGACAGAACAGCUGUCACCAGCCCAGAGAUUUUCCUGUUUGUGAAGGCUGGAAUCGAUGGGGAAAGCAUUGGCAACUGUCCUUUCUCUCAGCGUCUCUUUAUGAUCCUCUGGCUGAAAGGAGUCGUGUUCAAUGUCACCACCGUGGAUCUGAAGAGAAAGCCUGCUGACCUACACAACCUCGCUCCGGGCACCCAUCCACCAUUCCUGACCUUCAAUGGGGAUGUGAAGACAGACGUCAAUAAGAUCGAGGAGUUCCUGGAGGAGACCUUGACCCCUGAAAAGUACCCCAGACUGGCUGCGAAGCACCGAGAGUCCAACACGGCCGGCAUCGACAUCUUCUCCAAGUUCUCUGCCUACAUCAAAAACACCAAACAGCAGAAUAAUGCGGCCCUUGAAAGAGGCCUGACGAAGGCCCUGAAGAAACUGGAUGACUACCUGAACACCCCUCUGCCUGAGGAGAUCGACGGCAGCACCCGUGGGGACGAUGACAAGGGAUCCCAGCGCAAGUUUCUGGACGGGGAUGAGCUGACCUUGGCCGACUGCAACCUGCUGCCCAAACUCCAUGUGGUCAAGAUUGUGGCCAAGAAGUACCGUAAUUAUGACCUCCCAGCUGAGAUGACGGGCCUCUGGAGGUAUCUCAAGAACGCCUAUGCCCGGGACGAAUUCACCAACACCUGUGCGGCCGACAGCGAGAUCGAGCUGGCCUACGCCGACGUUGCCCGGCGCCUCAGCCGGUCCUGAGCUGCCUGCCCCUGCUUCAGAACUCCACUGCUCCCAAAGGCGUCUGAUUCGACAGACUCCUCCUCCUCCUCAUCGCCUUGGGGAAAUGUUGUUAUUGUUAUUAUUAUUAUUAUUAUUUUAAUUAGGCCAUAUUGUGCUGGCACUUUCUCCCUCCUCCCCCCAACACCAGCCUGCUACUUCUGAAGACCAGCAAGCAGAAGGACGACCCCUCCAACCUCCUGGCCUGACCUGGGGUUUGGGGUCAGUUUGGACAACACACAUAUGGGAUUGUCCCUGGUCUCUUCUGCCAAUAUCAAAAUGCCUUCUCAGACGCGUUAGCCACAUGCAACACCACCUCCUCCUUCUGCCUCUCAUUUGUCAGCAAGUGCAAGGCCAAGGACACUUGUCGCUUCUUUAUUAUUCAAGAGAAAUCCACACCUUGAUCGUGGAAACAGUUAGCUAUAUAGCUUUGGGCAUCUAGCAGAGUGCCUCACUCCCCUCUCUCCUCCUGAGAGUCCUGUCCUUGGCACAGUGGGCGAGACUGUCAUGUCCCAUCAGACACAUCCGCAAGGCACUGCCCGACAUUGCCAGGCUGGGAGUGGUGCGGGCCAGAUGUGAACUGCGGGUGUUGACUCCAGUUCUCCUGCUGCCCUCCGUCCCCUCCCCCGCAGCCUUGCCAGGAAGGCCAUUGACAUGCAAUUCCAAACUGAGGGGGCGCUGGGAUGGGGAGAGUUAGGGCAGCAGUGUUGAUGCCAAAAGGCUCACCAGGGUCUCCAGCCAUGGGGGUCACUGACUUAGGAGUGCUUUUUCUCUGGAGUUCACGUGCGUGGGUGUGACUGCGUUCCACAUUGAAUGCUAGGAGCAAGAGCUAGGAAGGGGAGUGUUGUGUGGAGUGUCUCAUGUUGCCCUGGGAACUUUUAGAGUGGUCUCAGACUGGUGAUGUGGAGUCACCAUCCACCUGAUGGCAAAAACCCAAGAAUCGGCCAAAAAAUGUCUUUCCCGUCUCUCACCCCCUGUGCAUGUGGGCGGCAGCCAAGCAUGCUUAGGAAGCCACUACCGGCUGGUUAAACCCAGCCUCUGCCGGGAGAGAGAUGGGUUUAGGAAGAAGUGGUGUGAUGAUCAAUCACGGGAUACCUUAGGAAGAAAGUCCAUGGGCCUUUCUGACUGGGAAGCCAUGUGGUUGGGACUUAAAAACAAAUACUUGGGUUCAUUUUCUAACUGUUAGACUUAACUACCAGAUUAAAAAAAAAAAAAAAAAAAAAACUAUCAUUUUUGUCUUUUAGCUAGUAUUUCUCUCCUGAGUCAUUCUCCUUAAGUUUCAUAUGCACAGCCUGAGCAUGGGGACCUGACUGGAAGUAACUGUGACAAGUGAGUUAAUCAUCUGCUGUCCCUCUGCCCGUGAGCCAGCGAGCAAGUGAGGGCCCUGGAGGAAUUCCACCCACGGGGCUUCUCCUUGGACAAUGCUGCCUUCUCUGUCUCUGGUCCCUGCUGGUGUAGGGCUGGUCUCCCAAGAUCCAGGGGUGGGAAAGCCCCUGAACUGGGCGCAUGGCUUGUGAGGAAGGGACUGAAUAGGGCCUUUCCAUAGAAACAUUAACACACACUAACAGAAACUAUCAGUGGACAUCAGGCCUCCAGGGAUCUCCAAAGACAAUAAAUUGAGCACUGAUUGGCAAAAGAGAGUUUUCUCCAGCCCUUUGAGGAAGAGGUUAAGGAGGUAAAAUGAGUCGAUUCAUUUCCACCACUGAAGGAACCUUUCCACAGGCUAUCUGUAGACUGUCCCUGGAGAUGUUUAAAAUGUACUACUGGUAAGGAAGCAGUCAUUUUAACUGAAGGGACUACCUCCCACAAACCAGCCUCCUGGGGCAUGAGAGCUUCCAGAAUGAUCUGGAAGACCUUUUAAUGUGCAGGAAAUGGUGGUGUUCUCAGAAACCUUCCCUAACUUAAAAGCAGGCAAGGUGCCCCCCCCCCCCGCAGCAAGCUCACUGGGCUGUGCCCCAGAGGUGUGUGAACCCCUUUCUGAAGCCCACCCAAGGACUCCAGGGAGGCAGCGGCACAUUCAGGGCCCUUGAUGUGGUGUGCAGAAUUCUAGAAUUGGCGAGUCGUUCCAAACCAAUAGGCCAAACCAAUUCAAUAUUGUUACUUCUAGAUGGCAGGUUAGUUUAACAUAAAGAACAACAUUUAGGCACUAUGGGAGGUGUGGUGUGUGAUCAAUUUUAACCACUUUAAAAAAGGGCAAGAGUCAGCCGGGCGUGGUGGCACAUGCCUUUAAUCCCAGCACUCAGGAGGCAGAGGUAGGAGGAUCGCCAUGAGUUCGAGACUACAUAGUGAAUUCCAAGCUAGCAUGAGCUAGAGUGAGAUUCUAUCUUGAGAAAAAAGCAAAACAAAAAAAAAGGGCAAGAGCCAUAGAAGGAAGGCUCUUCUGUGUACUUAAUUCAGAAAUAACUUUUCAUUUCAGCAGCUAAUGAUCAUUUAAAGUAACUGACCGUUGACUUGGAGUUAUAAUGUCUUGUGACAGAUUUAUCAUAGUAUGUAAAACUAACAAUAAUAUGACUAAUAGCACCUUCUACUGUUUUUCCCCUAGAGGACAUCUUUUUUUUUUUUUUUCUCCACAUGCUUCAAGCCUCUCUGGGCUUUGACCUUAACCUUGUCAUAGACACAGCUCACCAUCUGUCAGCCACAGCGUGUGGAAGGUGCUUGGGAGUGUUGAAGGGUUUGCAGUGUGGCCCCUGUCCUCCGAACCCUUUGCAUAAGAGGCAGUCAUUUUAAUUGGUCUGGAAAGACUCUUGGUCCCCGAAUUCAAUGGCAUAGAGAGGAAAGCGGUUCAGUUGAGAUCCUGAUGCUUGUUGGAUAGGCGGAAGGCAUGGCAGAAAGCUAGCGCCUUACUCGGAAUCGCGGAGAUGAACGUGUCCACCUAUGUAAGGCAUCCUACCCCUUAGGUUGGCCCUGAGAUAAGCAAUGGGUAUGAUUUUAAUAACUAUACAAUCAGCUAGAAAGUAAAACCUUGGACGUAAUCCCUCCUUGUGCUGACAAGGAAGCCAAAUGUCUGAUGAAUUCGGAAUCAGUGACUUGAGUAUAACUUUCUUAAUUUAAAUAAGAGGGCUAGGUAGCUGACCUGGCGCCAAAAAAUUAGUUGUAAGGUAAGAAACAUAGUCAAUCAGUUUGAUUUGGCCACACGAUCCCAAACUACUUCCAGCUUUCCAGGAGAUGGUAUCUUGGCAUUCCCCUGUAGUCUGGUGGGGCCAGACAGGAUCUUGAUUUUGUCAUCAAAAACAGGCCAUUUCACAAACGGGGUCUGGACCAUGUUCCUGGCACCUGUUAAAUGAAGCCACAGCAGCCCUUCGCAGUGCCCGUGCGUGGGAGGUGGUCACUGUGCAGACAGACAAAACUAAGUGUCUUUCUAUCUUAUCACAAAUGGAGCAUGUCUGGAGCAGACAGACCAUCUCAGAAUCCCAGGGAUCGGGAGGCCUAGGCAAAUCGUGUAACAAAGAAGGCAGAGACAGGUGUGGGUAUGUCUCAUAAGCAUUCACGAUUAUGGUGGCAGUCUCUUCCCAGAAAUCAAAUUGUUCCAGAAGCAGCAGGGGCUCCGUCCACUUCCCCCCUGCCCCUGAGCCAGGAGUUGGCUCAACUGCAGACCAUCAAGAUGCUUGUGUGACCUUCCUUGGAAAGAGGACACAUUAUCUCGUGGUUAAAACUAACUCCAAGGAUGCUCAAGGAUCGCUUUUGAUAUGUAUGUGUGAUAUCACAUAUAUGUUAUAUACGUACAUAACUUGACAUUAGGAAGAAUCUUAGGGAAACAUUAGAGAAAGAAGCGUGCGCAUGAGACACAGGUCUGCAGCAGGAGAAUAUGAGAGAUCAUCCCAUUUCCCCCAAAGCCCCUUCUCCACACAGGCCGGUGGCCUGGUCUCCUACCCUCUGCUGUUUCAAUCAACAGGGCUCUUAUGUGAAUGCACGCUCUUCUCAUCACCAGUCAUCAAUAGUCCUCUCCCAGCCUAGUUUCACGAUAUCUCCAUCUCAUUAUUGGGUAUGAUUCAAACUGCACAUAAUUUUAUAUAAUGUCGUUUAAGAAACUAGAUCCAUUCCUCCUCUCACACUACCAAAACCAAAUAAACUCUUGCCUCAAAAUAAGAUUUAGGCUGACCUGUGCUUUCUAUAAAAGGAACACAACUUUAAGGACACAGCCCUCUAAGGUAUUUUUGUGUGUAGCCAGUGAUUUCACAAUAUUGACUCAGCAUAUGUUUAAAAUCUAAACGAUCUAGCCGAUGUUUGAACGUGUCUUCUUUUUCUGGCCAUGUGAUUGUUCCAUUUAAUAAGCUGUGGAGUUAACUAAUUCAGCAAGAGAUGCCUCCCUUUUAUACAAGACAGGCAUUUCAUUUUACAAAGACACUCCAAGAUGAUGUCACCUGAUUUCCGUGAGACCUCUAACUGUGGUGAAACACCGCAAGCCUUGCUUUCAAGCCUUAAUAAAUGUAAAAUGCCUUUUCAUGCA